ACCGCUCUGUUCUCCGGCUGACAAAUGGUGCGCACCCAGUGCAGCUCGUUGCUCAUCACGCUUCCAAUAUGGCGGUGAAUCUCACAGACCUCUCCCUUCCUCAAUUGGAAGGAUUAAAAGGCCAACUAGACCAGGAGGUUGAGUUCUUGACGUCUUCCAUAAGUCAGCUGAAAAUUGCCCAGAACAAGUUUGUUGAAGCAAAAGACAGCUUAAGUGUCCUGAACCCAAACAAUAAGGGAAAAGAGUUGCUUGUGCCUCUCACCAGUUCUAUGUACGUUCCUGGAACGUUAAAUGAUGUGGAACAUGUCUUAGUGGAUGUGGGGACUGGAUAUUAUGUUGAAAAGAAUGUGGAGAACUCAAAGGCAUUCUUCAAGCGUAAAAUAGACUUCCUCACAAAGCAGAUAGAGAAAAUUCAGCCAGCUCUUCAAGAGAAACACGCUAUGAAACAAGCGGUCAUUGAAGUAAUGAAUCUGAAGAUCCAGCAAUUACAACAGAGUCAACAGGCAUCACAGAUGGUUGGAAACACAAAGGCCUGAUGGGAACAACUGUUUGAGCUAUUCAGGAUUAGAGAGCUUUUUUUAAGUUUGCCUUCACAAGAUGAUGCAAAAUGCAGAAAUCAUGUUUGAAGUGUAGGUUGGCGGGUACAUGGGCGACUCCCUGUGUACUUGCAGAAAUUUAAAUAAAAAUUUGUUGUCAACUUUAGUCAUUAAAACUAGUUAAGUCUGGGUUAAAAAAAAUCCUGUGUCAUUAUUUUUCGCUAGAUCUGUCAAUCAUACAUACUUUCAUCCUAAUAGGUAAGGCUUGAGACUUCUUGAUUAUUUCUCCAUUCCACUUGGCAUAUGUUGCAAAAACCUGCAUAUUGUCAAAAGGUGUACAAGUUUAUCUAGACUGGAUGUUUGGUGACUUAUCUUUAGACUUGAAGGACAAAACUGCAGUGUAAUAAUUUUAGCUGGGCUUCUGUAUAGUUUUGUUGACGGCAAAGAUUUUUAAUUAAAGGAAAAGUAGAUUAACAUAAUGUGAUAGAGGGCUUCUAAAGGGACUUUAAAGGCAGAGUAAUUGGGAAUUAAAUUUCUGCAUUAUGGUAUCAUGCCCAAAAAGGACAUAAAUUAUUUCUUAGUGGUGGGCUUGGGAAUAUGGGGAUGUUUUGAACAGCAGAAACAUAUUGUGAGGACAAGCAUCCCUCAGCAAUGAUAACAUGUCCUAAAAUUGUAACGUUUUCCUGCACAACUUACAAUUUUGACCAACUGUGUGGCCAAAAGCAUCUAAAUGUUUCAAUAGAGAAACUGUCUUUUAUGCACUGGGCAGGGAAUUGGCUACAGAUGAGGAUGUCAUCAACAUAUUGCAACAGUGCAGUGACAUCAGACAAAAAGCUGUUUUUCAGCGCAGCUUUAUAGAUUGUAGGACUUGUUACCAACUGCUGACUAAAUAUUGUUUCUUUCUCCAACACAGACAUCGCACACAGAAUGUCAUGUACAUUACUUCUUUUGGGGGUUUUUUUCAGUUACACUGGAAACAGGAGUACAUGCAAGCUGUUGCUUCUUUGUUGCAUUCUCUUAACUACACAGUGUGGGGGGCAUUACCUCUUUUGAGUGAUAACGUUUUUUGAUGAUGGCAUCACACACUAGGGUCUCCCAAGGACCUGCUGAAUUUCCAUGAGAAUUGUAAGGUUGAUGAGUCUUCAGUGCAGAGUGACCUUUUCCUGGGAGGCAAUAAAUGAAGUUCUUCAUCCCA